AGGCGCCUGGUCGGGAAGGGCCUGGUCAGCUGCGUCCGGCGGAGGCAGCUGCUGACCCAGCUGUGGACUGUGCCAGGGGCGGGGGACGGAGGGGCAGGAGCCCUGGGCUCCCCGUGGCAGGGGCUGUAUCAUGGACCACCUCGGGGCGUCCCUUUGGCCCCAGGUCGGCUCCCUUUGUCUCCUGCUCGCUGGGGCCGCCUGGGCGCCCCCGCCCAACCUCCCGGACCCCAAGUUCGAGAGCAAAGCGGCCUUGCUGGCGGCCCGCGGGCCCGAAGAGCUUCUGUGCUUCACCGAGCGGUUGGAGGACUUGGUGUGUUUCUGGGAGGAAGCGGCGAGCGCUGGGGUGGGCCCGGGCAACUACAGCUUCUCCUACCAGCUCGAGGAUGAGCCAUGGAAGCUGUGUCGCCUGCACCAGGCUCCCACGGCUCGUGGUGCGGUGCGCUUCUGGUGUUCGCUGCCCACAGCCGACACGUCGAGCUUCGUGCCCCUAGAGUUGCGCGUCACAGCAGCCUCCGGCGCUCCGCGAUAUCACCGUGUCAUCCACAUCAAUGAAGUAGUGCUCCUGGACGCCCCCGUGGGGCUGGUGGCGCGGUUGGCUGACGAGAGCGGCCACGUAGUGUUGCGCUGGCUCCCGCCGCCUGAGACACCCAUGACGUCCCAUAUCCGCUACGAGGUGGACGUCUCGGCCGGCAACGGCGCAGGGAGCGUGCAGAGGGUGGAGAUCCUGGAGGGCCGCACCGAGUGUGUGCUGAGCAACCUGCGGGGCCGGACGCGCUACACCUUCGCCGUCCGCGCGCGUAUGGCUGAGCCGAGCUUCGGCGGCUUCUGGAGCGCCUGGUCGGAGCCUGUGUCGCUGCUGACGCCUAGUGACCUGGACCCCCUCAUCCUGACGCUCUCCCUCAUCCUCGUGCUCAUCCUGGUGCUGCUGACCGUGCUCGCGCUGCUCUCCCACCGCCGGGCUCUGAAGCAGAAGAUCUGGCCUGGCAUCCCGAGCCCAGAGAGUGAGUUUGAAGGCCUCUUCACCACCCACAAGGGUAACUUCCAGCUGUGGCUGUACCAGAAUGAUGGCUGCCUGUGGUGGAGCCCCUGCACCCCCUUCACAGAGGACCCACCUGCUUCCCUGGAAGUCCUCUCAGAGCGCUGCUGGGGGACGAUGCAAGCAGUGGAGCCGGGGACAGAUGAUGAGGGCCCCCUGCUGGAGCCGGUGGGCAGUGAGCAUGCCCAGGAUACCUAUCUGGUGCUGGACAAGUGGUUGCUGCCCCGGAACCCGCCCAGUGAGGACCUCCCAGGGCCUGGUGGCAGUGUGGACAUAGUGGCCAUGGAUGAAGGCUCAGAAGCAUCCUCCUGCUCAUCUGCUUUGGCCUCGAAGCCCAGCCCAGAGGGAGCCUCUGCUGCCAGCUUUGAGUACACUAUCCUGGACCCCAGCUCCCAGCUCUUGCGUCCAUGGACACUGUGCCCUGAGCUGCCCCCUACCCCACCCCACCUAAAGUACCUGUACCUUGUGGUAUCUGACUCUGGCAUCUCAACUGACUACAGCUCAGGGGACUCCCAGGGAGCCCAAGGGGGCUUAUCUGAUGGCCCCUACUCCAACCCUUAUGAGAACAGCCUUAUCCCAGCUGCUGAGCCUCUGCCCCCCAGCUAUGUGGCUUGCUCUUAG